AUUUCACCCGUAGACUUGACACCACCAUCACUCUAAGGUAUUCUGUAAAAAACAUUCGCUUCUCAUUCUGCACGGGUUUCAGUACGCGUGAUAGCGGAAAGAGAAAAAUCAGGGGCACUCACAGAUACCCACCUGGGGGCAAGUUUUGCGGAGUCACAGAAGGUAACAAUCUAGAAAAAGGGUCUCCCCCCCCUUGUUGCUAAGGCCCAGACCGUCAUCCCAGCAACAGCCUCAGUCAUGUGACCGGCAAUGGCGGCGCUGACGAGAGGUAGGUGAGCCCGGCGGCCCCCACACCCACCGCGCGCCCCCCGGACCCUACUCGCACCCCCCGCGCGCCCUCCCGAUCCCCCUGCGCCCCCUCCUCCGCCUCCUUCCCCCGCGCGCGGCGCCGGGGGGCCCCCUCCCUCUAGGCCCGGCCGAUCUUCUUUCUGUCAUCCUCCAGCCUUGGCCUCCAUUUGGGGGUUCAGGGGCCCACGGUCGGGCAGACAUGCACCCACCCCCAGUGGUGGGGCUUCGGGGGCUCUUAAGAGAGGGGGAUUGGGGGAGCUGGUUCCGGGUUGGGUCUUGCAGAGGUUGUGGGGGGAGGGGUGGAGAUGCCUCAGUUGAUGCCCCCAAGGGACCCUGGCCCUUCCUGGCUGCCCCUGUCGCUGCUCUCUGUCUCAGGGGAGGGACUGGCCCCGUGUCCGGCCUGGGUUGCCCCAGAGGAAUCAGAGACCCAGCCUAAACUGAGGCCCCGCCUCCCUUUUCUGUGCCAGCAGGACUCCUAGCAAAGGACACCUAGGUCCCGGCUUCCCUCUGAUGGGGAGGGGGUGUUCCACCUGGAGAGACAGUAUGAACCGAGGCUCUGGGGUUCCAGUUGCACUUUCUGAAUCUUGAGGUGCAUCUGGCCUUCAGGGGACUAUGAUAAAGGCACAAACAGAGAGCUGCUCCCCUUUGGAUCAGUCAGAGAAUUGAGGUCACACUAACAGCUCUUCUUUCUACUUGGGCUGCAUCUGGAGGUGUUGUAGGGACAGCUCUGUAGCUGAACGCGGCCAGACUCAGGGGAAACAUCAGGCUCCUCCAGCCCGUGCCCUGCAUGAGCCCCACCCCUUCCUGAAUGCAGCCUAGGUUGCCGCAGGUUUGGACUUCGGGUGCUGGGUUUAAACGGCGACAGUGAGAACUUUGUAAUUGCAGGGCCUGCUGCCACUGUGUUCAAAUUCCAAACAGACUUCAGCAGAAGGGAUGGGGUAGGCUCUCAAGGAAGGCUCCCUGGCAAUAGGGACUGAAUUAUUUGGGCAUGUGGAGCAGGGUGUGGAGCUGGGGAGAAAAGGAAAUACCCUUGUAAAUGGGGUCUGAGGGAGAUGGCAAAAAAAGGCCUGUGUGUGGACUUUUCCCUUCCUGACUUCUCUUAUCUGUGCCCCUAGGCUUUCUUAAGAGACCCACAGCUGGGGAAGAAAAGAGGAAAGUUAGCACGUGGAAGUUCCUUCUUUAGCGACUUGGGGAGAGGCUGGGGAUAGAAUUCUGCAGGGGCAGAGGAGAGGAAAUGAAAGAAGAGUUUUGGUUUUGUUUCUGGGCAGACUGGGGAAAAGCUAACAUUUGUCAUCCUAACCCUUUACCUCACCCCACCCCCUCCCAGUCCCGAUCAGCUGACUGUGGAAACGGAUUUCUGCUGCUAUCAUCGUCCAUGGGCUUUCCAGGUAUCUGACUUCCAUGAGAACCUCAGCUUUCAGCUUUAAAUUGGUUUCCUCCAUGCCGUGUUCCAAGAAAUCCUGUUCCCAGUAACGUACACCUAGGUCACACAACCUACAAGUAGGGAGCAGGGACAGAGAGCGAGCGAGCCUGCAUGCCAAUUCUAAGCUCUUCAGGAUCAAAAAUGGCAGCCUGUGGAGGCACCUGCAAGAACAAAGUGACUGUCUCCAAGCCUGUGUGGGACUUCCUGAGCAAGGAGACCCCAGCCCGGCUGGCCCGGCUUCGGGAGGAGCACCGUGUGUCCAUUCUCAUAGACGGCGAGACCUCUGACAUCUAUGUGCUCCAGCUUUCCCCUCAGGGCCCUCCCCCAGCCCCUCCCAAUGGGCUCUACCUGGCCCGCAAGGCUCUCAAGGGGCUGCUGAAGGAGGCAGAGAAAGAGCUGAAGAAAGCUCAGAGGCAGGGGGAGCUUAUGGGCUGCCUGGCUUUGGGGGGUGGAGGGGAGCACCCUGAGCUGCACCGCCCAGGCCCACCCCCUCUCCGGGCAGCCCCACUCCUGCCCCCGGGGGCCCGGGGGCUCCCCCCGCCUCCUCCUCCCCUGCCCCCUCCUCUUCCUCCUCGCCUUCGGGAGGAGCCGGAAGAGCAGGAGAGCACCUGCCCCAUCUGUUUGGGGGAGAUCCAGAAUGCCAAGACAUUGGAGAAGUGCCGGCACUCAUUCUGCGAGGGCUGCAUCACCCGGGCCCUGCAGGUGAAAAAGGCCUGCCCCAUGUGUGGCCGCUUCUAUGGGCAGCUGGUGGGCAACCAGCCCCAGAAUGGGCGGAUGCUGGUCUCUAAGGACGCCACACUCCUGCUACCCAGCUAUGAGAAGUACGGCACCAUCGUCAUCCAGUACGUCUUCCCGCCCGGUGUCCAGGGGGCUGAACACCCAAACCCAGGAGUUCGGUAUCCUGGCACCACACGGGUGGCCUACCUCCCGGACUGCCCUGAGGGCAACAAGGUGCUGACCCUGUUCCGCAAGGCAUUUGACCAGCGUCUCACCUUCACUAUUGGCACGUCCAUGACCACAGGGAGACCGAAUGUCAUCACCUGGAACGACAUCCACCACAAGACCAGCUGCACAGGGGGACCCCAGCUGUUUGGGUACCCGGACCCCACUUACCUGACCCGGGUGCAAGAGGAGCUGAGAGCCAAGGGCAUCACCGAUGACUGAAGGACAUCCCCCUUGUGAGGCCCCUGCUGUUCUCCUCCAGUAGGACCCAACGGAAGCCUCUGUUCUCUCUCCCUCUGCCCCCCUCACCACGCUAGUAGGGGAUGGUCCUGCUGGGGAAGGCGGUCUGAGAGGGAGGGGCCAUCCCUUCCCCAGCCCCCCACAGGCCGAGUGCUUCAGUGCAGUGUGAGCCACUCCUUUCUGGCAGAGGCUGACAUCCUAGGCUCUGCUCCCCUCCUCCCGGUGUACAUACUCCCAGUCUCCCUGCCCCCUCCACUGCCCUUGGCUUUUUCUGGUAUGUGCUGUGCUCCAGUGACUAAGCUGAGAGAGGACCUGGGUGGGGAGGGAAGGGUCUCUUGAACCCCCGCCCCAACUCCCACAUACUGCUCCACUGCUGAACUUCUGUGCAGGGGAGGGGAACCGGGCUGCUGUGAGCCCCCAAGGAGCCGGCCCUGUGUGUUCUUCAGAAACAGUUCCCCUUCUACCUUAACCUUGUCCUUUCUCUCCUGUGUCUCUGUCUCUGUUGGUCUUUCUCUCCCGCUUUUCUCUGCCCCCUAUAAGGAGCCUCCUUACCCUGUUCUGGAAUCGCCGCCAGACUGUAGCUUUUAAUUUAAUAAAAAUAAAGUAAAAUAUGCAACUCU